GGCAAAUCGUCCUUUGUAGGUGUUCUUUCUUUCUGUCUUGGCUAUUGUCCAUUAACUGCGACUCUAGGUCAUUAUAUGCUCCGGGAAGGCGGUGUCUGUCACCGUAACAUCAGCCCCAGCAAUAUCAGGUUUUACCGUACCUCAUGCGGUCGUGUAAUAGGCGUCCUCAACGAUUAUGACUUAUCGUCCAUUCAAACUGAUUGUCCCAGAGGCAAUGAGCGCAUAGGAACAGUACCUUUCAUGCCGAUUGACCUGCUCUCACCAUCAGCCCUGGAAAGCAAAGUCACGCACGUAUACCGGUACGAUGGUGAAUCAUUCGUCUGGGUUUUCGUCUGGGUCUGUCUUCAGUAUAGGGACGGCAAGCUCCGCCGGAAGCGCAGAUCCCUCGACCAGUGGCUCAAAGUAGAUGCGCUUAUGUGCUCCAUGCUCAAGUCCCACUUUUUGAUGAUGAUGCGUCAUGUGCCCAAGACGCGGCCCUCGUCAUCACACUGGGACAACUGGGUACUUGCGCAGGCUUUACUUGAUUCUGUUGGCUUGUUUUAUGCUAUGCCCGUCGUCGCAGCAGACGAUGUUGUUUUUCAAACGUGGCUGAAGGACCCUGUGGAAUCAUCGACUACUGUCUAACAUCGUGUAUCAGUAUUCAUAUACAUUUUUGUCAAAGUUUUCCUUUGAACCAUCCUCGCUGUCGCCAUCA